AUGGAGCUUCCACGUGAAUCAACAGACUCUCAAUACAACGAGACAAGUGUAGAAAUGGAGAACGUUGCAGGGGAAGAGCAUGAUGACGUCAUAGAUUCCGCUGUCACUGCAUCCGAGGAGUACAAGGACCUUCUCAGUUUUGCAGUCAAACAAGUUUCUCAAGAAAUUGUUCCUGAUCUAGAGCACACCAAUCUGAAAGAGCAUUCAACACCUCCGUCAACGCCCAUUGAAGUUAGUGAGAGUCACACUCCAGUGAAUGAAAGUUCAAAGAAUGAAGAAGAAGUCAUAACACAUGUAGAAGAAUCAACAGAUAAUGUUGUAAAUAAUUCGGAAGCCGUUAUCGACUCACCAAACCCUGAAGCAAAACCUGAACCAAACGUUGAGUGUAAUAUAGCUCUUUGCGAAGGUGUUGGAGUUGAAGGUUCAAACGUUUCAGAUCAUAUUCAGUACGAAGCAGAGAAUAAUCUUGAAUUGUUGGAUUUAAAUACUAAUAUCGAGGCAUCAAUUAAUAAUGAAGAGAGUCAAAAUGCGGCUGAUGCUGAUGUAAACUCAAAUGACUCUACUGAUGAAUAUGCAAAAAAGGUUUUGCAUGACUUCAGCAACUCCCAAGAAGACACUGUAAUAGAAUCAAGUGCUUUCCAGCAAUUAUUAGAAGAAUCUCAGAGUGCAGUCUCAAAUCUUGAUCUGGUAGAGAAACAAUCUAAUGUUGCGAACGCGGAGACUGAUCUUAUGAUUGCGAAUCCUUCAUCUGAAAUACAUGAAGAUUGUAUUGAGCCAGACAUACAUGAGGAAGAAAAAAGUGAAAAUGAUCAGGAGAUCUCUCAGAAAAACGAAAUAAUUGUCGAAGAAAGAUCCGUGCCAGAUUUUGAAGAAGAACCGAUCCAAAUCAGUCAAGAUGUAGAAAUCACUGCUAAAGACAGUACAGAGAAGACAGAUGAGAACGCCACAGUUUGGCCUGAAACCGCAUGCGAAAAAAUUGAGGAACCGGAAAAAAUCCAAACAGCCGAAAAAGAAGAGUCUCCGGCGAACUUUUCUGUACAGGCAGAAGAACUAAAACCUGAGGAUACACUGGGUAGUGUUCUUACUACUAUGUCGGAAGCCAAGAAAGCUUUUUUGGAGGGAGCUGAGCAGCAGUUUAAAGGAUUUGUUGGGGAGCCAAAGUCAGAUCAGAUCUAUGAAGAGAAAAAGGCAGUGGUCCCAACUGUUGAAUUGGGAGCAGGUUUUGUAGAUGAAACUGAUGUAUUACAAAGCUCUAAGGUUGAGAAUCCCAACGAUAUCAAGGUUAAUGAGGAAACUGGCUCGGAAAGCAAAGGAGAGAAGUUGGAGCAACCAAAGAAUGAAAGCAGUAGCAAACGACGAUGCGCAAUUCUUUAA